AAUUUGCAAGAAGUUCUUUCUUCCCAAUUCGAUCAGAAUGAAUUACAAGAGCAUUUAGUAGACAUUCAGACCCUGGUUUUAUCUGAUGAUGAAAAUGAAUAUGAUUAUGAGCCAGUAUUCGAUUUUGAACAAAACUUAUAUGAACAAGCC